AUGCUGUGUUGUAUUUUUGUCUGUGUCUGUUUUUAUUUUAGGUACUUAGAGCUGGAGAGCAGUGGUCACCGAAAUGAAGUCAGGCUGCAUUACCGGAAAGGAAGCCAUCAGUCUCACACGGAAAUAUUUCCUUACACAUUGGCAGAUGAACAGUGGCACCGACUUUCUUUAGGAGUUAGCUCAUCCCAUGUUAUUUUGCACGUAGAUUGCAAUAAGAUUUAUGAAAGAAUUAUAGAAAAGCCAUUCAUGGCAAUUCCAACAGGAGCUACACUUUGGUUAGGACAACGGAAUAAUAUCCAUGGUUAUUUUAAGGGAAUAAUGCAAGAUGUACAACUGCUUGUAAUGCCUCAAGGAUAUAUUUUGCAGUGCCCAGAUUUGAAUCGCACUUGCCCAACGUGCAAUGAUUUCCAUGGACUUGUACAAAAAAUAAUGGAGCUGCAGGAUAUUUUAGCCAAGACAUCGGCCAAACUGUCCCGAGCAGAAGAAAAGAUGAAUGGACUCGAUCAAUGCUACUGUGAAAGGACAUGCACUGUGAAGGGCGUUGUGUACCGAGAAUUCGAAUCAUGGACAGAUGGUUGUAAAAACUGCACAUGCAUGAACGGCACAGUUCACUGUGAAACUCUCCUUUGCCCUGACUUACAAUGUGAUAGCAAUGCAUCGCCAGUCUAUAUCGAGGGAAGGUGUUGUCAAGAAUGCAGACCCAAAUGUGUGUCUGGACAAACUUACCUGCUGGAUGGAGAGAAGAUUGCAUUACACAUCAGUGCAGAUGAGUGCAUUGAACAGCAAUGUCAGAAUGGAGUCAUGGGAAGAGUUAUACCAAACUGUCAUGAGUUAAAUUGUCCUUCAUCUCAACAGAUCACUCUGUCCAACAGCUGUUGCAAGAUUUGCCAAGGACAUGAUUUCUGUGCUGAAGGACACAGCUGCAUGGAGAACUCAAUAUGCAAGAAUCUGGAGGAUAAAGCUGUCUGUAGCUGCAGAGACGGAUUCAGACCACUUCGUGGAGAUCAAGCUUACUGUGAAGAACAUGAUGAAUGCUGCACAGGUCAACACAACUGUGAUGAAAAUGCAGUGUGUUUAAACACAGUCGGGGGACACAACUGUGUAUGCAAGCCAGGAUACUCGGGGAAUGGUACAAUAUGCAAAGCUUUUUGUGAAGAGGGAUGUAAAAAUGGAGGUACCUGCAUUUCUCCAAAUGUAUGUGUAUGCCCACAAGGCUUUACAGGUCAUAAUUGUCAGACAGACAUUGAUGAAUGCUUGGAAGGCUUUGUUCAGUGUGAUGAUAAUCGAGCGACUUGCAUUAACCUUCCUGGAUGGUAUCACUGUGAGUGCCGAGAUGGGUACCGUGACAACGGCAUGUUUACACCAAAUGGAGACUCUUGUGAAGACAUUGAUGAAUGUAAAACAGGAAGACACAGCUGUACCAAUGAUACAGUUUGCUUUAAUUUGGAUGGUACCUAUGACUGCCGAUGUCCUCAUGGGAAAAACUGUACAGGAGACUGCGUCUAUGAAAAUAAAAUUAAACAUGAUGGACAAAUAUGGGUACUAGAAAAUGAUAAGUGUUCCGUCUGCUCAUGCCAGAAAGGAUUAGUAAUGUGCCGUCGGAUGGUAUGCGACUGUCAGAACCCAACUGUUGACCUGUUUUGCUGUCCUGAAUGUGACUCCCGACUAACCAGCCAUUGUCUUCAUCAAAAUGGAGAUCUUGUAUACAGCAGUGGGGAAACAUGGAUACAGAACUGUCAGCAGUGCCGUUGUCUGCAUGGAGAAGUUGAUUGUUGGCCACUGCCCUGCCCAGAUGCUGAAUAUGAAUUUAGUGUGAUCCCUGAAGGCGAGUGCUGUCCUCGCUCAGUCAAAGACCCAUGCCAGGCUGAUACAAUCCGUAAUGACAUAACAAAGACCUGUCUCGAUGAACAAAAUGUCAUUCGUUUCACUGGUUCUUCCUGGAUAAAACAGGGUACAGAGUGCACCCUUUGUCAAUGUAAGAAUGGUCAUAUCUGCUGUUCAGUAGAUCCACAGUGUCUUCAGGAACUGUGAUGUCAAAGAUGCCGAAUUUGCAGGCCGCUGCUUUUAAUGAAUGAACUCUUAGCCACAGAAAGUUCUUUAUACCAAAUAUCGAGUCACCUGAAGCCAAACAGUAAUCUGACUUACACAGUCCUGAUAUUAAGUCAGUGAUGUUUGUUUACAAAAGAAGUCCAUGUAAAAUAACAGAAGAAAUCUCUUAUGUCAAAUGCUGUGCGUAUCGUUAGCCACAAAGGGUACCAACAGAACUGUUGCAAAAAAUAUAGCUGUGCAGGCAUGAUGUAAACUCUCUAUUUUCUAGAGAGAGCAUCUGUAAUCUUUAUUUAGUGAUACCUACCAUCAGGCUGAGCUGGCGAAGAAUUAACUGGUCCUAACUCGUGUAAAGAUUUAAUAAUCAGUCUCUUAACUUUAUAAAAUACUCAUUUUAUAUUGCUACCCUCCAAGAGAUAUUAGUUGAAGUAUAAAUGUUAAUCAGUAAAUUAUUGCUUUAUGGUUACCUUCUUAAUUCUAUUGUAAAUGUGCCACACAUGAGUUGUAAUAGAAUAGCUCAUGCCAUGUUUAUUGUAUGCCUCUAGGUAAGUGUUUGUUUGUGUUAUGCUGCUUAAGUUGUACUCUGGCAUGGCUUUAAUCUGUAGAUUGACCACUGUGGUUUAAGUGUAUUUAACAGAGAAAAAAUAUUUCAUAGCAUGUAUAUUCAUGCUUAACACACUGAGACACAAUUAUGUAGCCUUAAAGAACAAUCAAAGCUUCUGAUUUUUCCAAAGUAGAAUUUAUUGUUGUGUAACUAAUUACAGGUAUAGUUUUGAAAUAAAUUUUCAAAUAUUGUCAAUUUAAUAAUUGCCAAUGCAUCAAUGACCAUUUUUGCAAACACUUUCAUGUAAUUACUUUUUGUAUCACUUCCUGCAUUGCAAUGAACAAAUCUUCACUUUAAGUCCAAAUAAAUAUAUCUGAAACUA